CUUUUUAAGUGACACCAAACGCGGAAUAUUUUAGCCCAUCCACCAACACCACCAGCAGCAGCAUCACUUCUCCACCACCACGUCCUCCGUCUCCCUCUCUCUCUCUAGAAAACACUUGCAGACACUUUCUCUCUCUGGAAUUGAAGGAGAAGAGGAUCUUAAGGGAGAACAAAACCUAUAUAGAUCUUAAUCUCUGUCACUGAAAAAUCUCAACUUACUGAUAUUUCCAGAGCAACACUUGAUUUUCUGUUGUGAAAGCUGCAUUGCAACUGUCUGGGAUGGAUCGGCGGAGUUGGCCUUGGAAGAAGAAAUCAUCUGACAAGACAGCAGCUGUGGUAGCAGCUGCUGCAUCAGACUCAGCUGGUGCUUCAGCUGGCACUCAGAAUGAUCAGGAUAAGUACAAAAAACCAAAUUAUGUUCAAAUCACUGUGGAGUCAUAUUCACAUCUGACUGGGUUGGAAGAUCAAGUGAAGACCUAUGACGAUCAAGUGAAAACAUAUGAAGAUCAGGUGAAAACUUUAGAGGAUGAAGUUAAGGAAUUGAAUGAAAAGCUGUCUGAGGCCCAUUCAGACAUGACUACCAAGGAAAGCCUAGUGAAACAGCAUGCUAAAGUUGCUGAAGAAGCUGUCUCAGGUUGGGAAAAGGCUGAGUCAGAAGCUUUGGCAUUGAAAAAUCAUCUAGAAUCUGUCACGCUUUUAAAGCUUACUGCUGAAGAUCGAGCUUCACAUUUGGAUGGCGCUCUCAAGGAGUGCAUGCGACAGAUACGGAAUUUGAAGGAAGAACAUGAACAUAAAUUGCAUGAAGUUGUUCUUACCAAAACGAAGCAGUGCGACAAGAUAAAGCUUGAGUUUGAAGCUAAGAUAGCUAAAUUAGACCAAGAACUCCUCAGGUCUGCUGCAGAAAAUGCCGCACUUUCGAGGUCUUUGCAAGAGCGUUCUAACAUGUUGGUCAGGAUGAGUGAGGAAAAAUCCCAAGCUGAGGCAGAGAUUGAACUAUUGAAGAGCAAUAUUGAAUCAUGUGAAAAAGAAAUAAAUUCACUUAAAUAUGAACUUCAUAUAGUUGCCAAAGAGCUAGAAAUUCGUAAUGAGGAAAAGAACAUGAGUGUCAGAUCUGCAGAAGUAGCUAACAAGCAGCACCUGGAAGGAGUCAAGAAAAUAGCUAAGCUGGAAGCAGAAUGCCAGAGGUUGCGUGGUCUUGUGAGGAAGAAGUUGCCUGGUCCUGCAGCACUGGCCCAAAUGAAGCUAGAAGUUGAGAACUUAGGCCGGGAUUACGGAGAAACUCGACUAAGGAGGUCUCCUGUAAAGCCUUCUACUCCCCACUUGUCCUCUUUGCCUGAAUUUUCCAUUGACAGUGUAAACAAGUGCCAUAAAGAUAAUGAGUUUCUCACGGAACGUCUUUGGGCAAUGGAAGAAGAAACAAAGAUGCUGAAAGAAGCUUUGGCAAAACGUAACAGCGAAUUGCAGGCUUCCAGGAAUAUUUGUGCGAAGACAGUUAGCAAGCUUCAAAGUAUAGAAACACAACUGCAACUUCAUAAUCCACAGAUAAGUCCCCAAAAAUCUGAUGUUCAGAUUUUCACUGGAGGUUCCUUUAGUCAAAGUGAAAGCAAACCGCCUAGCUUGACUUCCAUGUCUGAAGAUGGAAAUGAUGAUGAAGUUAGCUGUUCAGGGUCUUGGUCUACAACAUUGAUCUCUGACCUCUCUCAGUCCAAGAAGGUAAAGAACGGUGAGAAAUCUAAAAAAGCCGAAAAUGCAAAUCACAUGGAGCUUAUGGACGACUUUCUGGAGAUGGAGAAAUUGGCAUAUUUAUCAAAUGAUUCAACUAAUACAAAAUCUGAAAUUGAAAACCCUGAUGCUUUGGUGGAGUCCAGUACUAGCACAGAUCUUCAGCCCAAAGAGCAGCCCGACUCAAUUCCAUUGGCAACUCAGAUGUCUACUGAUAUGGAUUUGUCAGCACUGGACUCGCAAUCUGAUAUUAGUCCACUGCCCUUGGUGAAGCUCCAAUCAAGAAUUUCCACGGUGUUUGAAUCCAUGUCCAAGGAUGCUGAUAUGGUAAAGGUUUUGGAGGAUAUAAGACAUGUUGUACAGGAAACACGUGAUAGUUUACAUCAGGAUUCUGCAAAUUGUCUUUCGAAAGAUAGCACCUGUUCUGGUGCCACAUGUGAUUUGCAGGCUUGUCCUGAGGAGACUGAGGUAGCGUCAGAGAAGGAAAUCUCUUUGUCCCGAUAUAGUAAACAAUGUGAAGAAACUGUACAUCCAAUAAGCCCAGAAUUGGCAGCUUCCAUUUCUCAUAUUCAUGACUUUGUCUUGAUUCUGGGCAAAGAAGCUAUGGCUGUUCAGGGCAGGGAUCCUGAUGAGGAUGGACUAAGCCGAAAACUUGAGGAGUUCUCUACCACCUUUGAUAAGGUUCUAAGCAGUAAAGUAAGUUUGGUUGAUUUUGUUCUUGACCUUUCUCGUGUAUUGACUAAAGCCAGUGAACUCCACUUUAAUGUCCUGGGCUAUAAGAAUCAUGAAGCAGAAACCAUCAGUUCUGAUUGCAUCGAUAAGGUCGCCUUACCUGAGAAUAAGGUGGUCCAUGACUCAUUGGGACUGGGAGAUAGAUAUCCAAAUGGUUGUGCCCACUUUUCUGAUUCAACAUCUGAUCCCGACAUUCCCCAUGAAGGAAAUUUCGUUCCAACCUUUGAACCAAACACUACAUCAUGGAAAUGCUCACUGGAGGAGUUUGAGCAAAUGAAACUAGAGAAAGAUAACUUGGUAAUUGAUCUAACCAGAUGUACUGAAAAUCUGGAAAGCACCAAGUCUCAGUUACAGGAAACAGAGCAGCUUCUAGCAGAAGUUAAAUCACAAUUGACAUCUGUUCAGAAGUUGAACAGCUUGGCUGAGACACAGCUGAAAUGUAUGGCAGAGUCGUACAAGUCUCUUGAAACACGCGCAGAGGAGUUACAAGCUGAAAUAAAUAUUCUGCGUGUGAGAACAGAAAGUCUGGAUGAUGAGCUUCAGGAGGAAAGGAGGAGUCAUCAAGAUGCUUUGGCCCAAUGUAAGGAUCUUCAAGAGCAAUUGCAAAGGAUUGAGAGCUGCCCAGUGGCUGAUAUUGACGUCAAGACUAAAAAGGAGAGAGAGUUAGAGGCUGCAGCAGAGAAGCUAGCUGAAUGUCAAGAAACCAUAUUUCUUCUUGGCAAGCAGUUGAAUGCUUUGCGUCCUCCGACACAGUUUACGGGGUCUCCACACAGUGAGAGGUCUGAGAAGGGCGAAGGCUUUGGUGAAGAAGAACCAACUACCAGUGGCAUGAACUUGCAAGACUUGGAUCAGGCCGAGACGGAUACCAAUUUGCAGAGAGUAGGUAGUGAGUCGCCCAUGGAUCUUUACAACUCCCCGUAUAGCCCUUCAGACAAUGAAGCAGCACGCACUCUCCUAAAAUCACCAAUCAGUUCCAUGCAUCCAAAACACCGGCCUACAAAGUCGAGCUCCUCUACUUCUUCUACGCCAACACCAGAGAAACAUUCACGCGGGUUUAGCAGAUUCUUUUCCUCAAAAGGAAAGAAUGACAAUUAGGCUUGCAGCUCGCAGGGUCAAAAGAUGUUUCUAAGUUGACAAGCCGUUGGGAAAGAAGGAAAAAAAAAAAAAAAAUGUAGCAGCAACGAAUAUGGGCUGAAGUUCUGUACAUACUGAUCUGAAUCGUAUUCAAGUUGCUCAGCUUUUAAUUUUCAGAAUGCAAAUUCUCGAACUGGUAUCGUAUUUACUCUGAAAUUGAAUAAUGAGUUUGUCAAAGCAUGAGAUGGUCAUCAAGUUCUGAUUGGGAGACCGUUAGAAACGAGGAAACCGUGAAAGCUGAUUUCUGAUGAUUUCCCAUCUGAGGAUGCUUUGUGAUCAAUGUGAGGUAAUUUUGUAUGAACUGUACAUGAUCUCUCUAUCUAUUAAUACCUUUUCUUUUCAUCCAACCUGUAAUAGUUUGUUUGUUUGGCUGAAACAACUCAUAGUUUUUAAACUUUAAGGUAAUACAUUGAUAUCAUGUCACGUCAUUA